AUGACGAGCUUCUCGCCCUACGGCUCCACGCCCGCCGCGGACUACUACUACGACAAGGAGCGAUAUGUCAGUCCAUCGCCGACGCCUUCGCCCCGAGGCCCAUCGUUCUAUGCGCAAACACCACAACGACCGGCGACGCGGGCGCACUUCCGCCACAUGAGCAGCGGCUACAACGAGUUCAGUAGCCCGCGCACUCCUGCGUUUUCGCCUCGGUACACGAGCGAUGGCCAGUACGCCACAGCGAAUGUGAGUUCAUCGCGGUCGUCACGCAAACAAUCCUGGUUUCCUCGCCGCCCCAGGCGCGAGCGCCGCAACUCAUAUUCCUACAUUCGGCCCUCUGAUUCCUAUGGGGACUCCGACGAGGACGAGUACUACAUCAUCGACGGUGUACCUUAUAUACUCUACGCGCAAUCGAAGCCGAAGCGAUAUAGAGAAUAUUGUUACACUGACAAAUUUGGUGGGCACGACACUAACCACCAUUAUUACGAACAGGGCGCCUAUUCUGCCACCACAUACUAUGAGAGGGACCCUGGAUACAACUCGCCUCGGUAUGAGCCGGAGCCGCGCCGGUCACAUCACACCCGCCGGAGCUCGACAUCGGUCCCUCAGAGGCCCGCCACUGCUCGCCCAUCCAGCUCCCAUCACAAGAAGCCCGCGCCAGCACCACAAAAGGCCACCGAGGCGGACGCCAGGAAGCACCGUAUCCCCGCUGGCUACUCGCUCAAGAACUGGGACCCUACGGAAGAGCCCAUUAUGCUUCUCGGCAGUGUGUUUGAUGCCAACUCGCUUGGCAAGUGGAUAUACGACUGGACGGUCUACCACCACGGACCGGCGACCCCCAUCUCCGACAUGGCCGGCGAGUUGUGGUUGCUUCUGAUCCAGCUGGCCGGAAAGAUCAAGCGCUCGGAGGAGUGUGUUCCCAGGAUUCGGACCGUGGAGAACAAGGAGAUGAUUGAGGAUUUUAUCGAGUCUGGCGAGCGGCUUACCGAUAAGCUUAGGAAGCUGCUUAAGCUGUGCGAGGCGCCCAUGCUCCGGGCCAGCAAGAAGAAGGAGACUCAGACCCUGGGUAAGAACUCCGGCGUCGAGUUUGUCGAGACCCUGUUUGGCCGCGAGCGUGAGCUCGAGAAGACCGAGCGGUUCAUGGCCUCCGUCCGUCUUUGGAAUCUCCGGUUUGAUGCCAAUUGUGAGGAUAUCCUGGCCAAGCCUACCAAAUAA